UUCGUGGAACUCGCGUCGUACGGUCGCAUUGAUCGUUCUAAAAGUCCAAGGUGUAGUUCGUUAUCAAUCGCAUUAAAUUGAAUCUUUCGACAAUCGGAAAUGGGAUCAAUAUCAAUGCGCCUCGUGUGCGCGAUUAUUUUCGCGGUGAUCUGUGUGAAUCACCCGGUAAUCUGGGCAUUGGCACAGCAGGAAGUGGGGAAUACAGGAGUAAACUCUACUCAGUCUCAGUCUCCGUCUAAGCCUCAGUCUCCGCCACAAUCUCAGCAACAUUGGAGAUAUCAUGCGCGUGGUAAUCAGCGACAUAACACGGCGCUAAGUGCCACGCCUGCCCCUCAGCACAGUGAGAUCAAGGAGCUGAUGACAAACCUGCACGAUCGAGUUGGCGUCUUGGCGACCCUGGACGAGGAUCAACGCAAUCGCCUGGAAGUUAUCGAUAAAAAAAUAGAUCAGUUACUGGAAAGCAGCACGGGACGCAUGGAAUCGCUGAAGGUGCAACAGUUGAACUUCCAGCAGCGAUUGGACAGCUUCGAGCACAUUCAACGACUGACAAGAUCCACGCUGGACGAGCUGAAAGGUGAAACGGAUGUUUACUUGGGUUCACGUGUGGCAAGACAGCUAAGGCAAAAGCAAAAGAAUCGUGAAAAGUUGAAGGAUCUUUCUCGUCAGACGCGUCAGGUGACAGAGCCACCGCCGCACGUUGCGGAAAAUAUGGCAGCGAUUUUCAAUCGUCAACCUGCCGCAGCAGCCGCUGUAUUCAAUGGCACCCAGUUGGAUAUCAAUGGUCGCCUUGAUGCCUUAGCCACACUUUUGGUCUCGUUGGCCUACAGUGUCAAGGAAACGCAGCAGAAUACCAACAUCAUCAAGCGUCGUCUGGCACAUCGUGGAAAGGGACAAUCUGCCCGCUUGCCUCAAACUUCAGUUGCAUCACCCGUUACUGUGGAUGAGCAGGCAACGAGCUGCCUGCAAUCCUAUUUGGCUGUGAAGGGCAUUUUGAGGCUGCAGUUGACGCCGGAGAGUGAAUCCUUCUAUGUGCCAUGCGAGGGCGAUGGCUGGACUGUGAUCAUGAAGCGAUCUUCGGACGACCUCAGCUUCGAGCGUAGUUGGCUGGAGUACAAGGAGGGCUUUGGCAAUCUGGCUGGCGACUUCUUUAUUGGCCUGGACAAGCUGCAUGCGCUCACUUCCUCAGUCCUCCACGAGCUGCGCAUUGUUCUCGAGGAUUUCGAGGGGAAUGUCGCCUAUGCUGAAUACAAUGCCUUUGCCAUAAGCGGGGAAAGGGAAUUCUACACGUUGCAUCUGCUGGGUCAGUUCCAGAAUCAGGUGGCGCCCACGGCAGGUGAUUCGCUGUCUUAUCAUGCUGGCGCCAAGUUCAGCACCUUCGAUAGCGAUAACGACAAUUGCCUGGAAUGCAACUGUGCGCAGCGUCUCAAGGCCGCCGGCUGGUUCAAUAAUUGCGGCACCAGCAACUUGAUGGGCGUCUACCACGCCCAGAAUCCCAGCAAGGCCGGCGAGACGGGCAUCUUUUGGGACACGUUCCAGGGCAAGGAUUACUCGCUGCGUAGCGUCAAAAUGCUCAUACGCCCCGUGGCACAGGACGAGGCCAGACGCUAAACGAGCGUUUGAAAGGGCCCGAAAAACUGCCAUCAGUCAGGGAAGCUUUAAUGCUCUAUAACUAUGAGUAUAUACAGCUAUGGGAGUGAGUUUGGUACACUUCAAUGAUUUAAUGAUAUAUAUAGCUCAGUUUUGAACAAAUUUAUUUGAAGUAUAGGCUAUUUGUUUAUGAACAAACUUACAUCAGUUUUAAAAAUCAGCAAUUAGAAAAUUACUUUAAAAAAAUAUUUGUAUUUAAAUGUUCAUAUAUUUUUUUGUGUUGCCAAACUUAUAACCUUAGCUGUAUGUAAUCCUAGCCAGAAACUCAACUUAAUCCCAAGCUUUGCAUUUUAAUUUAGCUGUUAGCCAUGAAGCUCUUUUGCGUGUAUAUGUACUUUUGUCCAGCACUGUAUAUUUAUGGAAAAUUACCUAAUACCCUAAGUUAAUAAAGUUGCGCUAUGUGUCGUGUA